CCUCCCAUUCCAACGCCAUCCCUUCCACCUCCCACAAUGCCGUCGUCCACUCCACACCCAUCUGGUAAUGAGUUCCACCUCCAUCUCCACUCCUAUUCCCAUCCCAAUUCCCCCCAAAUAUACUCCUCCCUCCCACUCAUAUACAUCCACAUUCCUAACCAAAAAUCUCCUACAGAACUAACAACCUCCCUCUCCGCCCUCUCCAUCACCACAAAACCCACCUCGCAAAAGACCGCCCUGGUGGCAGACUCCUGGGAAGACGAGGCCGACGACGACGACGACAACGACGAUGCCUCCUCCUCCUCCUCCUCACUGCCAUCCACACCCACUGCAUCCACAGCACCAUCCAAAUCCACAUCCACAAACCCAACAACGCGCCAAAAACCCACCCAACCCACUCCAUCCGCCCCGCCACCAACCCCCUCCUCACCAAACCAUCCCUCCUCAUCACCAUCCUCCUUCUCCUCCUCAUUCCCAACUGCCCCCUUCUCCUCUUCAACCUACCAAUACCCCCUCUCCCCUUCUCACACCGCCAGCAAUACAACCCCGCAGGCACAACAACCACCAACCCGCCGCCCAGACAAAACAACAAGCACAGCCUCACGCAUGAUUGCCGCAGGCCUGGGCAUGCGCGCACCCGUGCGCACGGCCGAGCAAAAGGCAUACGACGAUGCAGAGCGCAAGGUGUUACGCGAAAAGAGGGCUAGGGAGCGCGAGGAGGAGAAGAGGAAGGAGGCGGAGAGGGAGAGGGCGCGUGUGGCGGUUUGGGAGGAUUGAGAGGAUUGAGGAGAUUUUCAUAAAAAGUUGUGCAGAUAGUAGGAUUGGAAUUGAGUGGAUAUAUGGCUACGCAUGGAAAUUUUGACUGGAGCUAUGCGUGUGUUGGGUUUCUGAUUUGGAUAGAAUGCUAAAGUGGAAUACUGUAUACUUGGGCCAUUGGAUUUCGUGCCGGUGCAUGGUGUGAUAUUUACAACCAUGCUGUGCAUGUACAGUCUCAGCACGACAUCAAAUGGUUCUACGAGUCUAUCAUCACACGAAAAGCCACGCAAUCAAAUACGAGCAUUCAAUGCCACAAAUCAUACA